AUGGCCCUGUUCUCAGGGUAUCUGGCCUGGGCCUGGGUCCCCAACCAUUGCGGGACCCCCUGGGAGGCUGUGUGCAACUUCCUGUGUGACUGCAGGGAUUGUUCCGAUGAGAGGCAGUGCGGGUUCCAUGAGGCCGCUGCCGCUCUGGGUGCCCCCUUCGUCUGUGACUUCGAGCGAGACUCCUGUGGAUGGCAGGACAUCAGCACCUCAGGCUACGGCUGGCUGCGAGACCGGGCAGGCGCUGCGCUCCAGGGGGCUGGCGGGGCACGCUCGGACCACACGUUGGGCACUGACCUGGGCUGGUAUGUGGCUGUCGACACCCACCGAGGGAAGGAGGUGUCCACGGCAGUCCUUCGUUCACCCACCCUACAUGAGGCGGCCGUCUCCUGCCAGAUCCGGCUGUGGUUCCACGCAGCCUCGGGAGAUGUGGCUGAGCUUCGACUGGAGCUGACCCACAGCACAGAGACGCUGACCCUGUGGCAGUGUUCAGGGCCCUGGGGCCCCGGCUGGCAGGAGCUGGAGGUGGCCACAGGCCGCAUCUGGGGCAGUUUCCAGGUGACUUUCUCUGCUACCCGAAAUGCCACCCACAGAGGUACGGUGGCCUUGGACGACGUGCAGUUUUGGAACUGCGGGCUGCCUGUCCCCAGGGUCAGCUGUCGCCCGGGGCAGCACCACUGUGGGAACAAAGCCUGUGUGGAGUCCCAGCAACUCUGUGACAGAGAAGACAACUGUGGGGACCGUUCGGACGAGGACCCCGCCACCUGCAGCCACCACACAGUCACCGACUUUGAGACGGGCCUGGGUCCAUGGAGUCACUCGGAAGGGUGGUCCCGGAACCACAGUGCUGGAGGUAUCCAGCACUCUGCGUGGCCAAGCCGAGACCACAGCCUUAACAGCGCAAAGGGCGCCUUCCUCAUCACCAUGUCUGAGUCCAGCAACCCUGCUGUCCUGUCCAGCCCCCAGCUCCAAGCCUCAGGCACCCACAACUGCACGCUGGUCUUCUAUCACUAUCUGCGAGGCUCUGAGGCUGGCAGCCUUCAGGUGUUCCUGCAGUUCCAGGACCCUGGGGCCCCUCAAGCUCCCGUCCUGUUACGGAGCCGUCGAGGGGAACUGGGAGAUGUCUGGGUCCGAGACCGAGUGGACAUCUGGAGUGCUCACCCCUUCCAGAUCCUGCUGACAGGGCACACAGGCCCAGGGGGUGUCGUGGGUCUGGACGACCUCGUUCUGUCGGACCACUGCACUGCAGUCCUGGGUGAGCUUGCCCCAAGUCCCCCACAAACACUCACUGCCCCUCCCCCAGCUGACCCAUCCCCUCAGCCCCAGGACUCCUGUGAGCCCGGGCACCUCGCCUGUGGGGACUUGUGUGUCCCCCCAGAAAACCUGUGUGACUUCCAGCAGCAAUGUGCUGAGGGCCAGGAUGAGCAACAGUGUGGCACCUCGGACUUUGAGUCCACAGCAGGGGGCUGGGAGGACAUCAGCGUGGGGCAGCUGCAGUGGCAGCGGAUGACCACCCAGGAGAAUGAGGGACCUUCAGGUGAGGCUCCUGGGCACUUCCUGUCCCUGCAGAGGGCCUGGGGGCAGCUGGUGACUUCAGCCCGGGUCCUCACACCAGCCCUGGGCCCCUCGGGUCCCACCUGUGAGCUCCACAUGACCUACUACCUGCAGAGUCACCCCCAAGAGGUCACCUGUAACUUCGAACGGGACAUGUGCGGCUGGCACUCCGGCCACCUCACGGAUGCCCAGUGGCAACGGGUAGAGAGCCGAGGCCCUAAUUAUGACCACACCACUGGCCGAGGACACUUCGUGCUCCUGGACCCUGUGGAGCCUCUGGCCCGGGGUCCUGGUGGCUACCUGCUCACCAGGCUGCAGACACCGGCAGCCCCCACUGAGUGCCUGUCCUUUUGGUAUCACCUUCAUGGGCCCCAGAUCGGGACACUGCGCCUGUCCAUGCGUCAGGAAGGGACUAUGGAGACUGUUCUGUGGUCACGCUCAGGCACCCAUGGUAACAGGUGGCACCAGGCCUGGGCCACCCUCACCCACCAGCCUGACUCUAAGUACCAGCUGCUGUUCGAGGGCCUGCGGGACGGCUUCCAGGGCACCAUGGGGCUGGACGAUGUUGCCGUGCGGCCUGGGCCCUGUUGGGCCCCUAGGCGCUGCUCCUUCGAGGACUCAGCCUGCGGCUUCUCCACGGGUGGCCAAGGCCUCUGGAGGCGCCAGGCCAGCGCCACAGGCCAGGCCUCCCAGGGCCCCCGCACAGACCACACCACUGAGACAGCACAAGGGCACUACAUGGUGGUGGACAUGAGCCCCCAGGCCCUGUCCCGUGGCCUCGUGGCCUCCCUCACCUCAGAGGAACACAGGCCCCUAGCUCAGCCCGCCUGCCUGACCUUUUGGUACCACCUAAGUCUGCAAAACCCAGGCACCUUGCGGGUCCACGUGGAGGAGGGUGAGCAACGACAGGUGCUCAGCAUCAGUGCCCACGGCGGGGCAGCCUGGCGUUUGGGCAGUGUGGACGUGCAGGCGGAGCAGGCUUGGCGGGUGGUGUUUGAGGCCCAGGCAGCAGGUGUGGAACACUCAUACAUUGCAGUGGAUGACCUAUUUCUCCAGGACGGACCCUGCCCUAGGCCAGCGUCCUGUGACUUUGAGUUCGGUCUGUGUGGCUGGAACCACCUGCCCUGGCCUGGCCUGGGCGGAUACAGCUGGGAUUGGAGUAGUGGGACCACGCCCUCCCGGUACUCCCAGCCCCCUGUGGACCACACCCUGGGCACCGAGGCAGGCCAUUUUGCCUACUUUGAGAGCGGUGUGCUGGGCCCGGGGGGCCGGGCGGCCUGGCUGCGAAGUGAGCCUCUGCCUGCCACCAAGGGCUCCUGCCUGCGAUUCUGGUUCUACAUAGGUUUCCCCGAGCAUUUCUACAAAGGGGAGCUCCGAGUGUUGCUGAGGAGUGUCCGGGGGCAGCUGGCUGUGUGGGGGGCGGGCAGCCUCCAGAGACAUCAGUGGCUGGAGGGCCAAGUGGACGUGGUCAGCCCUGAAGAAUUCCAGGUGCUGUUUGAAGCCACCCUAGGGGGCCAGCCAACCCUGGGGCCCAUCGCCCUGGACGACAUCGAGUACCUGUCGGGACGGCCCUGCCAAGACUCGGCACCCAGCAGGGGGGGCGAAACCGCACCCUCUCUGGUGCCGUCAGCGGUGGGCAGCGCCCUCCUCCUUCUGCUGCUCCUGGUGCUGCUAGGACUGGCCAUGCGGCACUGGCUCCAGAAGAAAGGUGGCUGCCCCUUCCCAGGGCGCAGGGACUCCGGGCCAGUCACCGGCUUUAACAACAUUCUCUUCAACGCGGACAGUGUAACACUCCCGACGCCCAUCACCAGUGACCAGUAG